CAACUUUCCAGAAAGCCUGAUAGCACCUGUAUCAGAAUAUAGCUAUCACACAGAGGGAAACUAACAGUUACUUGGGACUACUGGGAAAGAUGGUCAAGAAUGUUGCAGUGAUUGGAGCGGGUAUCAGUGGUUUGGUUGCUAUCAAAUCCUGCCUGGAAGAAGGUCUGGAGCCGAUAUGCUUUGAAAGAAGUGAUGAUAUCGGAGGGCUCUGGAGAUUUUCAGACAACAUGGAGGAUGGUAGAGCCAGUAUCUACAAGUCUUUGGUCACCAAUGUUUGCAAGGAAAUAAUGUGUCUCAGUGACUUUCCCAUGCCAGAGGAUUUUCCCAACUUUCUACCCCAUCACAAAUUCUUUGAGUAUUGCAGAAUGUAUGCAGAACAUUUCAAAUUGGUCAAAUAUAUCAGAUUUAAGACAAAGGUUAUCAAUGUACAGCGAAAAUCAGAUUUUUCUGUGACAGGACAAUGGGUCAUAGAAACCAAUUGUGAUGGGAAAACAGAGUCUGCAAUCUUUGAUGCUGUUAUGAUAUGUACUGGUCAGCAUGAACAACCCGUGUUUCCUUUGGAUUCUUUCUCAGGCAUUAAGAAGUUUAAGGGGCAGAUUAUGCAUUGCCGAGAAUACAAGAGACCGGUUGGUUUCGAUGGGAAACAAGUGCUGAUUGUAGGAAUGGGUAACAGUGGAGUUGACAUUGCUACAGAGCUCUGUACCAAAGCUGCAAAGGUAUAUCUUAGCACAAGAAGUGGUGUCUGGGUACUCCGUCGACUUGGAGAAGGUGGAUAUCCUUGGGAUUUACAUUUCAUCACACGAUUCAAAAGUUGGAUUAGAACCACAGCACCGCCAUCAAUAGCACGUUGGCUUCUUAAGAAGUAUAUGAAUGAACAAUUUAACCAUCAUUUCUAUGGAAUACAGCCUGAAGGCAUUAUGUGGAAGGAGCCUUUGGUGAAUGAGGAGCUCCCAAGUCGCAUUCUUACUGGAACUAUUGUGAUAAAACCAGGAGUGAAAGAGUUUACAGAGACGUCAGUCUGUUUUGAAGACGGCACCAGAGUAGAUAACCUUGAUGUUGUGAUCUUUGCCACUGGGUAUCAAUUCUCCUUUCCUUUUCUGGAGAAAUCUGUUAUUAAGGUGGAUGACAGCAAAGGAUUUUUGUACAAAAAAGUAAUUCCAGUUAAUCUCCAAAAGCCAACACUUGCUGUUAUUGGUCUUGUUUUGCCUAUUGGACCAAUCAUGGUGCUUGCUGAAUUACAGAGUCGAUGGGCGACCAGACUUUUUAAAGGAUUAAUCAAGAUGCCUACAGACAAGGACAAGAGCCAAGAUUUGGCUAGGGAUGAAAAACUCAGACGCAAAUGGUUUGCAACAGCUAAAGAUAAUUCUCGACGUACUGAAUAUACUAAAUAUUUGGAUGACUUGGCUUCGCAGAUUGGGGCAAAGCCAAAUAUAUUUAAGAUGUUUCUCACAGAUCCAGUUCUGGCCACAAAAGUCUUGUUUGGACCCUGCAAUUCUUACCAGUACCGUCUAACUGGACCUGGGAUGUGGCCUGGGGCCAGAGAAGCAAUAAUAACCCAGUGGAAGAGAAUUAAGAAACCCUUGCUGACCAGAGUUGUAGAAGAUGAUUCUCAUUUGCCACUGACAUUGCAUCGUUGGUUUAUUUGGUUUGUGGUUUUGCUUGGAGCUGUUUGGGUAAUGGCCUGAACAAGCAGUAUCAAAGCUGUAAAAAUCCAAUAUCAAUACUAAAUUAGCCCAUUAUAUUAACUAAUAAAGUAUCUAAAAUCCCUUUGUUUAGCUGCUCAUAAAA